AUGUCCCCCGCGUCCCACCAGGUUCUACUGGUCGACGAGAUCCUGCGGAUCAUCAUCGACGCGCUCGUAACCUACGACUGGGCACGACCGACACGGGAUGGUUAUGAUCGCGCGAGCCGCCAGCGUGCGCUGUUCAACCUCGCGCUCACAUGUCGCGCACUCUCCGAGCCAGCAAGUGAUGCGCUUUGGGAAGCGUUCUUCGACGGCAACGUCUGGACGCUCAUCCGCAUAGGCGGCUUCCGUCGUCUUCCCCCAGGACCCAACUGGCCCGUUACCUUACCUAACAGUGGUCCACUGAUCGCUGACGACUGGCCAGCGUUCCGCCGCUGUGCUGCGCGCGUACAUCAAAUCGGGUACUGGUCGGGGAAGGGGUCCAACAAGGACCUGGAAAUCCGUCCUUCCGUAUGGGAGAUGCUCGCCGACAAGCUCGGCGGUGAGACUCUCUUUCCCCGCCUCAAGACCCUCUCGUGGCGGGCGACCUAUCGAGAGGCCGAAGUCUACCGGAGAUCGCGGGUGCUGCGUGUUCUGGUGUCCCCCUCUGUCACCACCCUUUGCUCAGCGCAGGCCAAUUGGUGGCCAAAACUUCGGAGAGACCUGAGCAUCAUCGCAGAGCGCUGCCCACACCUCCAGGCCAUCGACGUCCGACACAUGAGCUCUCUCGACGCCGUCUCCCUCGCCGCCUGCCGCGCCCUCCGCCGGAUCGAAGUCGCCACGCUCACCGACAGCGCCCUCUCGUGCCUCGCGCACCUCGCGCACCUCGACGCCCUCCUCUGCCGCCACCUCAAGCCGUUCGAGCACCCCGAGCCCCCGCCGCUCUGGCCGUCCCGCGCCUUCCCCCGCCUCCGCGCCUUCUCGCUGCUCGUCUGCCCGCCGCCCGCAGACCUCGCUCCCCUCUGGGCCGCGCUCGCCGCCGCCCCGUGCGCCGCCGCGACGCUCCCCACGCCGGCGCCGCUCCCCGCGCUCUGCGCCCCGCACGCCCGCUUCGGCGCGUCCCUCCGCGCGCUCACCCUCGCGCUCGCCCCGGCCGCCCCGCUCGCCCCCGCGCUCGCGCCGCUGUACGACCUCCGUGCGCUCGAGUCGCUCCGCGUGGACGCGCCGAUCGCCUCUCGGGACGCGGACGCGGCGCUCGUGCUCGCGGACGCGGACGUCGGGCGCAUGGCCCGCGCGUGGCCCGCGCUCGUGCACCUCCGCCUCUGCGAGCAGCUCGCGCCCGCGUCCGAGCGCGCGCCGUCGGUGCUCGCGCUCGUCGGCCUCGCGGAGCACUGCCGCGCGCUUGAGGCCGCGCUUGUCAACGUCGCGGACGUGUCCGAGGCGGAGAUUGCGCUACUGGAGGAGCGUGCCGGGGGCGGGGGGCAGCGGCAACUGGUGCAGUGGCGCUUGGCGGGGGCGCGGUGGGCGGAGAGGUUGAAGGUGGCGGACGCGGGGCGGCUGGCGCGCGCGGUGAGCGCACUGUUUCCGGCGCUGGAGGGCGACGGGGUGUUGUGCGCCUGGGAGCGGAGGGAGACACGGUACGAGAACCUGCCGACGUGGCGGGGCGCGACGCGGAACACGGCGGCGUAUGCGUUUCUGCUGGAGCUGGACAGGAUCCAGGCGGGGAGGAGGAGCGGCCGCGUGCGAUCCUGA